GCGGCCGCCGGCGAGGAGGUCGCCAAGGAGGGCGAUGGCGCGGGCGGCAGCGCCGCAGGCACCGGCAGGAGGCGGCAGCUGCAGCUGCGCACCAGGCCCAUCCGGAAGCCCGCUGCGGCCGCGCCGCUGGAGGAGGUGGCCGCCGGCGAGGAGGUCGCCGAAGACGGCGAGGGCGCGGGCGGCAGCGCCGCCGCCAAGGGCAGGACCGCGGUCGCGCCACUGGAGGAGGCGGCCGCCGGCGGGGAGGUCGCCGAAGACGGCGAGGGCGCGGGCGGCGACGCCGCCGCCAAGGGCAGGAGGCGGCAGCUGCAGCUGCGCACCAAGCCCAUCCGGAAGCCCGCUGCGGCCGCGCCGCUGGAGGAGGUGGCCGCCGGCGAGGAGGUCGCCGAAGACGGCGAGGGCGCGGGCGGCAGCGCCGCCGCCAAGGGCAGGACCGCGGUCGCGCCACUGGAGGAGGCGGCCGCCGGCGGGGAGGUCGCCGAAGACGACGAGGGCGCGGGCGGCAACGCCGCCGCCAAGGGCAGGAGGCGGCAGCUGCAGCUGCGCACCAAGCCCAUCCGGAAGCCCGCUGCGGCCGCGCCGCUGGAGGAGGUGGCCGCCGGCGAGGAGGUCGCCGAAGACGGCGAGGGCGCGGGCGGCAGCGCCGCCGCCAAGGGCAGGAGGCGGCAGCUGCAGCUGCGCACCAGGCCCAUCCGGAAGCCUGCGGCCGCGGUCGCGCCUCUGGAGGAGGCGGCCGCCGGCGGGGAGGUCGCCGCGGACGGCGAGGGCGCGGGCGGCAGCGCCGCCGCCAAGGGCAGGAUGCGGCAGCUACAGCAGCGCCUCACGCCCAUCCGGAAGGCUUCCGCGGCAAAGGCAAAAGCGAAGGCCAAGAAGCCGCCGCCUUGCCCGUCCGCCGCGGAGCUCAUCGAGUCCGGCGACCUGCCUGCAGAUUCGGAGGUUCAGUAUAACGCGCUGGUGAAGCUGUCGGCCCCAAAGUUGCGUGCCAUGGUGGCGAUCAGCCAUGACGGCGCGGUCAGCCAUGACGGCGCUCACCACUGGCAGGUGGUCAGGCUGAUUCGGCACACGCACGGCCUUCCCCCGAGCCAGGGCGACCAGAAGCACCUCGAGGAGCUCGAGGCUGCCAGGGAGGCGGAGAGGGCGAAGGAGGAGGCCGAGCGGGAGGCGAGGGAGGGCCCGCGGAAGCGGAAGAUCAAGGGCGUGGUGAAGGAGCUGUUGGAAGAGAUCAUGCCUCAGAACGACCUGCAGCAGGUGA